AUGUACAUUUUUCUCGUAUACGACGUCGCUGUACAUCAAAUUUGGCAAGACAACGAUAAAAAGGGAAUUGCAUAUAUUUCAUUACUGUUAAAGCAGCAACAUCAAAUCGUUUCAUUGACGCGUAGAUUUACAAGUUGCGAAUCGCACAUAGCCGAUGCCAGAAACGAAAUCCGUAUACGACUCGUUCUUUAUUUCUCCUCUCAUUCACAUUCAUCAUGUAAAGUCAAGGCCUUUCACGAAGAGAAUAAGAAUAAAAGUCAAUAUCAUAAAUACAACUAUGUAUGUAUAUUUCCGUUCUUGCUCUUUUUUUUCACUCGUUUUUAUCUAUUUCGUUCAAUUAUCAAUCGCAGUGAAUAUACUGGAAAUUUACGCAACAAAAGACGAGCUCUGAGUAAUACGUAUAAAAUGACAGGAAAGACUAAAAUCUGUGGAAAAAAAAGUGGAGUGAAAAAGCGCUUACGCUCGUGCGAGAAAGGCAGAAAAGUGCCCAUUCAUACAAUCAUCAUAAAACUAGCAAUGCCAAGUAAAGAAUCGCAUUCGUCUUGCUAUUCAUCAUCAGGAUCGUCAACAUCUUCUCUAUCAUCUCCACGCUUACCAUCAACUGAUAUCGUACAACAUCAACAACAACAACAGCAGCAGCAACAGCAACAACCAAUGAGAAUUUCAUCAACACCAACUGCUAAAACAUCCAUGUCACAAUCGCAUGUAUGUGUUACACGGUACAAAACAGAACUAUGUCGGCCAUUCACAGAAACGGGUAAAUGCAAAUAUGGUGAUAAAUGUCAAUUUUCACAUGGAAUCAAAGAAUUAAGAAUUUUAAUGCGUCAUCCAAAGUAUAAAACUGAAUAUUGUCGUACAUUUCAUACGACGGGUUAUUGUCCAUACGGGCCUCGAUGUCAUUUCAUUCACGAUAUUCACGAAGCGCGCGCAGCAAUAAAUACCACUGAUCAUUCAUCAACCAUACGACGACAUUCCGACGGACGAACACCUCAAACGCCACAAAAAUCAAUAUCUAGAAAUCGUAUGAACAGUGAUUUUACAACUUAUUCAGAUCAAUCUCAUUCGCCAUCCCAGUUUCCUUUUACGUUCGAAGAACUUAAUCAAGCUUUAUUUUCUUACGAUGCUGGUGAUGUUUUUCAAGGGCAAGAUCAACUACAGAUUUAUCCAUCUAUUUUCUCUACUAUACCAGAUACAUUUACACGUUGUACAUGUUCAUCGUCCUCAUCAUCGAAUAGCAGUUUAGUUCCACAAUAUAUUUAA